AAGACGGUAGAUAAAACAUGUCCGAAGAACAUAUAGUGCAACCAAAGAAGUAUGUUGGUUUUGAUACCAUCACUACUCAAAUUGAAAAUCGAUUAUUGAAAAGAGGAUUUCAAUUUAAUAUCAUGGCAGUUGGUAGAAGUGGUUUAGGUAAGUCGACAUUACUUAAUACGUUAUUUUCAUCACCAUUAGCACAAUCUCAUGGUAGAAGAUCAGUUAAUGAACCAAUUGAAAAAACCACCGAGGUUAAGAUUAGUGACCAUGUAUUGGUUGAAAAUAAUGUUCGUUUGAAUAUUAAUGUUAUUGAUACUCCAGGAUUUGGUGAUCAAAUUAAUAAUGAAAAAUGUUGGGAACCGUUAGUUAAGUAUAUUAAAGAACAACACUCUCAAUAUUUAAGAAAAGAAUUAACUGCUCAAAGAGAAAGACAAAUUCAAGAUACAAGAGUUCAUUGUAUAUUAUAUUUUAUUCAACCAAAUGGUGAAAAAUUGAAGCAAUUGGAUAUUCAAGCUUUGAAAAAAUUGAGUGAAAUUGCUAACGUAGUACCAAUUAUUGCUAAAAGUGAUAGUUUAACUUUAGAUGAAAGAGCUGAAUUUAAAAAACUAUUACAAAAUGAAUUUAUUAAAUAUAAUUUUAAUAUUUAUCCUUAUGAUAGUGAAGAUUUAUACGAAGAUGAAAGACAAUUGAAUGAAGAUAUUAAAUCUUUAAUUCCCUUUGCUAUUGUUGGAUCAGAUCGUGAAAUUCAAGUUAAUGGUGAAUUGGUUAAAGGUCGUAAAACAAAAUGGGGUGCAAUCAAUGUUGAAGAUGUUUCUCAAUGUGAAUUUGUUUUCUUAAGAGAUUUCUUAACAAGAACUCAUUUACAAGAUUUAAUUGAAACAACUAGCUUGGUUCAUUAUGAAACUUUUAGACUGAAACAAUUAAUUGCAUUAAAAGAAAAUGCAUCAAAUCCAAAUAGACAACUGGGAGCUACUUUGGGUUCUAGUAACCAACAAGCUCAAGUUCCUAACGGUACCCAUAACACUGCUGCUGCUUACUAGAUCUUUAGUUCUUUAUAUUUUUUUUUAUAAUUCAUUAAUAUAGGCUGUUUUACUAACAAAAU